GUCUUAAUACUUGUGACCAGCAACAUAAAAGCUUUGUAUAUUCUGUACGGAACAAAUACGCGCGAAAACCUCUCCUCUAGCUAACGAAGUUCUCUUUUUUCGGUUUUAGGCGCGAUCCGCUCGAGCAAACGUACCUCGUGGUGCAAAACGUUGACAAAUAUUUCCUGCUACCCGUGGAUCACAAAGAAUUAAUAGAAAAGCCCGGCGGAAGGUUAUCCAUCGCAGGGGGCAUGGUCAUCAAGUCGGAGGAACACGAUAUACCGGAAGAGACGUCUGAACAAUUACUCAAACUAGCCGAACGAGUCGAGAGACCUCAGACCGACGAAACUCCGCAAUCACUUUCGCAGGAUCUGCCUGUUGAAAUGCCUCUGCAAUUGUCACAGUGGUUCGAGCAGGGUUCCAACAGUUCCGCAAGCAUUCCAGCGUCAUCCACCAGUAACAAGAAGACGUCGAAUUGCUGCGACUACUGUUCCAGGGUCUUUCGAAGGAAGUACGAGUUGAAGAGACAUUUGGCGACUCACAGUAACACACGGGUCGAGUGUUCGGUGUGCCAUCAGUUCUUGAAAACGAAGAGGACGCUGAACCUUCACAUGAAGCUGCACGAGGAGAGCGACAAGAUGUUCGAGUGCUCGGAGUGCGAUUUCAGGUCGAAGCGAAUGCCAAGCAUGAAGCGUCAUCAAAUCAGGAAGCACUCGAUGCACGCCAAUUUCAAGUGUGACAUUUGCUCGAGAGUGUUCAAGUUGAACAGCGAUCUGACCAGGCACAAUCAGCUGAAACAUUUGAUCGAGCCGUGUUGCUGCGACAUUUGCGGUAGGACGUAUCGAAACAUGUUUUUCCUUCGAAAGCACUGGUACUUGGCCAAGAAACGGAAAAAGCCUUGCGAUCGUAUGCGUUGGAGAGGUAUUAGGAACCGAAACGUGGACUAUGCGACAGCGCAGAAAAAGGUCGAGUCGAGCCAAGUGUAUAAUUGUCCCAAGUGCAAGUGGCGAUUCAAGAACAAAAGUUUACUAGACAGGCACAUGCAACGACAUUUGCUCAGCUUUAACUGUGAGACUUGCGGAGCUGUGUUUAAGUAUAAGGCUUCGUUCUUGAAGCAUCGGCAAGCGCACAAAAACGAACAAGAGAAACCAACGCAGCGUUUAACGCCGAAGAACAAAGCGGCCGCUGCUAAUCGAACGAAAGGCCAAUUAAAAACGUCUCGCAAACCUUCGGCCAGCAUUCUUCAAAGACGAAUCGCGUUUCGAGUGUCGGAGAACCACAGACGCAGAAGCGGCAGACUUUUGAACAACUCCAGUCGAAGCAACGAGACGAAGAACGUAAAUUCCAAGCGUAAAAGAAUAAACGACGAAGCGAGGGCCUCGUCGAAGAAUUCCACGAGCAAGAAAUUGUCACUGGGUGCCAGCAAUUGCCCGAAGAAAUUGCGAGAGUCUGUAACGGAACAGGGAGAUCUGUACAAGAAGCUGCACGACGGUACUUAUACCUGCGAUAUCUGUCAGACAACGUUCGAACAGAAGAGGAAGGUUCUCCGUCAUAUCGCCAGCAAGCACAGCUUCCAUCGACCGUUCAAAUGUUCCACCUGCGACAAGACCUUCAUGUACAAAUGCGACUUGAAGGCUCAUCGUUCGAUCCACCAGGACGUCGACUCGAGUUUGCUGCACUGCUGCGACAAAUGCGACUACCGCACGAAGGCGAAGAGCAACCUCAAGUCCCAUUACAUCAGACGGCACACGGACGACUACAAGUUCGCCUGCGAACACUGCGGCAAGCGUUUCAAGAUGGAGUGGGACCUGAAGUUCCACGUCGGGACUCACAGCAGCUCGCAGCACAUGUGCGAUAUCUGCGGGAAAUUCUACACGAGCGACUACUCCCUGUACAAGCACCGAAAGGUGGUGCAUUUGAACGACUACAAGUUCCAGUGCGGCGUUUGCAACAAGCGGCUGUUGACGCAGGAGAACCUGGACAGUCACAUGCAGCAACACAGCCGAACGUACGAGUGCAAGGAGUGCGGUAAGGUGUUCGCCUCGAAGAGGUACCUGGCCACUCACACGACCACGCACACGGGCGUGAAACCGUAUACCUGUCACGUUUGCGAGAAGAACUUUCGAACCUCCCACAUGAAGAACAUGCACCUGUUGACGCAUUCGGCGGAGAGGCCGCACGUCUGCGACCUCUGUGGACACUCCUUCAAGAGGAGGACUUACAUGAUAGAGCACAGGAGGAAACAUCCCGACGCUCAUUUGUCCUCGCCUCCUGUGCCACUUGGCAGGAAAAGCGUCAGCGAACUGACGGUGCAACGAUCCGGUGGCAAGAAGAUCCUCACCACGGAUACUUCCGGCCGAUUCAUCGUCGGCAAAGACUCCGUCCCGAUGCAGUUGUGGCAGCACGUCGAUCCCGAUGGUAAACUGCACUAUUCGUUGGUGCCCGCUGCGUUGGACGACAAGAAAACGCCGGGACCCUCGAGAGAAAGUACCGAGGAUCGUAGAACCACCGUGACGUGCGUGAAAACGGAGAACGAGGAACAGCAACGUGGUAACGCGGACGCGUACAUCGUCGACACUGUGGUGGUGAAGCGCGAAGUGACCAUCGACUUUCACACCUGCGACAGAUGCGCCAUGAAAUUCCCCGUGGAGAGCAUGUUGAACAGGCACAGGAUGUCACACGAUUUGAACUCGUGGCUUCGUAGGAAACGACUGAACUCCUCCGGCCACCUUCGAUCGGCGAGAGUGGCUUCAAAGGGCAGUCAGAUCAAGCAGGCACAAUCGCAGAGGCCGACGGAGAAGAGGCAGUACGAUUGUACGUCCUGCCGGUUCAGCUGCGGCAAGAAGUCCGCGUUGACUGUUCACGUUCGAAAGAAACACAAGCCGUCCGCGGCGAAGGAAGAUUCGGAGAGCUGGUGCCUGAUUUGUAACAGAAACUGUGGCAGCCAGUCCAAUCUGACGAAGCACAUGGCGGAGCACAGAAGCAAAAAGACGACUCGCUUCGCGUGCAAUAGCUGCAGCUUCGCGUGCAAGAGAAGCAGCACUCUGGCUUCUCACGUGGCGAGGAAUCACCGGCAAUUCGCCAACGAGGAGGCGAUCUCGAGGAAGAGAUGCAAGGUGACGAAGCGCAGCGACGAGCCUUCAGAAAGGGACGAGUCGAAGGGAGCAUCCUCGGAGGAGCAAGACAAAGACUCGAGUUUGCUCGUCUCGAGCACACUGUCCGAGCACGAAUGCAAGAGCGAGCAGCCUUCGAUGAGUACUCGCUCGAGCAAGAAACAGAGCAGGAAAUCCGGGAACGAGGAACAGUGCGAUCUGUGCGAUUUCAGAUGCUCGAAGAAAAGCACCCUGUACUCGCACAAGCGGCAACACAGGAUCGUGGACGUCGGCGAGGUGUACUCGUGCAACGAGUGCACGUUCAAAACCAACAAGAAAUCUUCGCUGUACUCGCACAUCAAGCGGAAACACAAGGUACCAAAGUCUUGCGCGUCCGACGGUCAGCCGCAGUUGUUCUACUGCAGCCAGUGCGACUAUAAGAACAAGAACAAGUACGAGCUGAAGGUACACGUGGCCAGGAAGCACACGGACGAUUUUAAAUUCUCUUGCGAGACCUGCGGCAAGAAGUUCAAGGUGAAGGGCGAUCUGACGAAUCACAUACGCUUCAGCCACAAAGAGCAGCCGGUUAUCUGCGACGUUUGCGGCAAGACGUGCUUGAACAGCAACUCUUUGUACGUGCACCAGAAGUUCGCGCACUACAAGGCCAAAUACGAGUGUCAAGUGUGCAAGAGGAGGAUGGUGACUCAGGAGAAUCUGAACGAGCACAUGAUCAGGCAGCACGAGAAGAGAGAGAACGUGGUCUGCGAGGAGUGCGGCAAAACGUUCUCCAGGAACAGUAGAUUAAAGGUGCACAUGAGGAUUCACACCGGCGACAAACCGUACACCUGCACCAUAUGCAACAAGUCGUUCGCGCGUAGAACAGCGUUGAAGCAACACUUGCUGAUUCACACUGGCAUGAGGCCUUACGUUUGCGACAUCUGCGGCAAGGCGUUCACGCAGAAGCCCGGAUUGAUCAGUCAUAGGAAAUCUCAUCCUGGAUCGCAUCCCCCGCUUCCCAGAGUGUUGAUCGAUCAUAUAUUGAACGACUACCUAACUGACUGUUCUGUACUUUUCAGGUUGCUAAGCCGAGACGGAUGUUUUAUAUACGGCAAGGAAUCGAUUGCCAUGCAACCGUGGCAAAUAGUGGACGUUGAGGGUUGCCUCUACUAUGCCUUCCUUCCAGCGAAUCAAACGCCGAAACUCGCGGAACUUCGCGAGAAAUCGCUCGGGAAGUCGUCGGCGGUCGACGCGCUGAAGAGCAACGACGACGCGGAAGAGAUAUUUAUGAUUCCAGGCGACGGCGAGACGAGCGACGAUCCGUGUUCCGUCAAGGUGAAGAAGGAGGAGAUCGACGACGCGGCGUCGGCGAACGAGGACCACGCGUACGACGACGCCAAGGUGUACGCCUGCGAGGAGUGCAACAUCUGUUUCCCGGUGAUGCAGAUGUUGAAACGACACCGGAACGCGGUUCACGAGCAAGCCCAGCGUUACAAGUGCAAGGUCUGUUUCAAGAUAUGCCGCAGUUUGGUCGCUUUCAAGAUGCACGUCGCUUUGGAGCACAAAACCGAGGAGGAUGACGAGGAGGCGAAGGACGCCGAGAGUCUGACGUACGCCUGCAACUUUUGUAAUUACGAGAGCACGAACAAGUCGACGCUUCACUCGCACAUCAGCAGGAAACACUCGAGCAAACGUAUGAGCAGACGAAGGAGUAGCUACAGGUACGCAUCAGCAGCGGAGCCUGAGGAGUACUCGUGCGACGUGUGCGAGUUCAAGUGUCAGAACAGGCGCAGACUGAAGGAACACCUGGAGCGGAAACACGCGUCCGAGUACAAGUACGACUGCGAGUAUUGCGGCAAGAAGUUCAAGGUCAAGGGUGACAUGAGGCUACACGUACGGUUCAAGCACAAAGAAGGGCCGAUCGUGUGCGACGUGUGCGGGAAAACUUGCUCCAACAGCAACUCCCUGUACGUCCAUCAGAAGUGGGCGCAUUUCAAGCCGAAGUACGAGUGCGAGAUCUGCAAGAGGCGCAUGGUCACCCAGGAGAAUCUCGACCAGCACAUUUUACUGCAGCACGAGAGACGGGAGAGUUUCGUCUGCGAGGAGUGCGGGAAAUCGUUCACGGAGAACCAUCGGUUGAAACAGCACAUGAUGACCCAUACGGGUGAUAGGCCGUACGACUGUCACAUAUGCGGCAAGGCUUUCGCACGUCGCACCGCGUACAGGCAACAUUUGCUUAUCCACACGGGCAAACGACCGUAUAUCUGUGAUAUUUGCGGCAAGACGUUCACGCAGAAGCCUGGCCUGAUCUGCCACCGGAAAUCGCAUCCCGGCGUUCAUCCCCCAUCGUCCCAGACGAACUCCAACUGCCGACUUACACCCAGCGAAGAAAGCAACCGAGAAACAAAGCCAUCCAAGAAGAAUGACUCCAACGACGAUGUCCCGCUAGCCUGUGACAUCUGUCAGAAACAAUUCAAAAAGACGUAUCUGUUAAAAAGGCACAAACUCGGCCACGAGAAUCAGAGUGGAAGGGACGUAUCGUCGAGAGACAGUUCUUUCGUGGAGCUAGCGUCUCAGAAGCAGGAAGCUUUGUCCUGCACGAUCUGCGAGUUCCGUUGCAACAAGAGAUCGACGAUGAUCGCUCACCUGGCUGAAAACCACGGUGAUUCGGGCAAGAGUAAGUUCACCAGUAAGAGGAAGUUCACGUGCAUCGUCUGCGGCCUCGUCUGUUCGCGGAAGGAGACGUUGCGCUCUCACUUCGUGCGAAAGCACACGCAACGUUACGAGUUCUCGUGCGAGCAGUGCGGCAAGGAGUUCAAGAUCAAGGGCGACCUGACCACGCACACGCGACUGAAUCACAGGGAGCCGGCCGUGAUGUGCGACGUUUGCGGGAAAACGUGCAGGAACAGCCACAGCUUGUACACACAUCAGAAACACGCUCAUUACAAAGCGAAGUACGAGUGUCCGGUGUGCCGCAGGAGGCUGGUGACCAAGGAGAACCUCGAUCAACACGUGUUGACUCAGCACGAGAAGAAGGAGAAGUCCGUCUGCGAGGAAUGUGGGAAGACGUUCUUCGAGAAUCACGACUUCAGGAAGCACAUGAGGAUACACACUGGCGACAAACCGUACAGGUGUUCCGUCUGCGCCAGAGCGUUCACCACUCACAGUAGCUUGAGCCAGCAUUUGCUGCUGCACACCGGAGAGAGGAUUUACGUAUGCGACGUGUGCGGGAAAUCGUUCGCUCAGAAGGCUGGCUUGAUAUGCCAUAGGAAGAUUCACUCUGGAACGCUGCCUCCUCUUCCUGUCAUGCACAUCGAUCACAUACUGAAGGAGUUCAUGAAGAAGUACGAGCUCGAGAGCCUCAACUCACGCGGUAUCUUUAUCUACGACAAGGAGUCGGUCGUGAUGAAAAAAUGGCAGAUCCUGGAGUUCGACGGGAAGCCGUACUACGCGUUUGUACCUGAAGACGACACGCCGUUGCCCGACGAGGAUAUAUCCGAGCUGAUGGACGAGGCCGGUCAAGAGGACGAGAAACAGGAGCUGGUGAAGGUCGAAUGCUUGUACAACGAGGACGAGUUACAGUACGAUUCGUGCGACGAGAAACUGUACGAGAGCGAGGAUCCUCUGACGAGUAGCGCGGAGCAGAAAGACGACGGUGACAUCAAACCUGUAAUCCUGAACGGGACGAUGGACGAGGAGGAGACGGACAAGUCGUCGUCUGGUGACAUUUACCAAGUCAGGGUUCAAGGUAGCAUGGUAACUAUUGAGAAACUGACGUCCAGCGACAUGGAAGAUGCGAAAGAGAUGGUGGAGUAUCAGCAGGACGAGCAAGAGGAGCAGGAGGAGGUGUACAACGAUCAGGAACAGUUGGACCAGGAGGAACAGUCGGCGAAUAAUCACGUCACGGCGACGAAGCGCGGCAGGAAGAGCGGCUCGAGGAACGCCGGCGGUGCGUUGAAAUGCAAGGUCUGUUCGGAGAUGUUCAGCUCGGCGAUUUCGUUCAGGAAGCACGUGGCAUGGACGCACAAGAAGAAGGUGUGCAUACAGGAGGACGGCGCGUACAUAUGCGCGGUGUGCGAUUACAGGACGCUGAAGAAGAGCCUGUUCGCGGCUCACUUGGAGAGGAAGCACGAAACCUGGUCGAGAAAACGGCCGAACAACAUGCUGUUCCCUUGCGCCGCUUGCGGCUUCGUGUGCAGGUCGAAACACUCGUUGCAGUCGCACUUCAUUCGAAAGCACACCGAUCGGUACGAGCACCAGUGCAAGUUCUGCCCGAAGAAGUUCAAGGUGAAGGGCGAUCUGACGAAUCACGUGCGGUUCCAUCACAAGGAGAAGCCGAUCAACUGCGACGUGUGCGGCAAACUGUGCCAGAACAGCGGCUCCCUUUACGUGCACCAGAAAUGGGCGCAUUACAAGCCGAAGUACGAGUGUCACAUAUGCAAACGACGCAUGGUCACGCAGGAGAAUCUCGACCAGCAUCUGCUGACGCAGCACGAGAAACGGGAGAAGAUCGUGUGCGCCGAGUGCGGCAAAACGUUCACGAAGAAGGAUUCGUUCAAGAGGCACAUGGCGGUGCACACGGGCUGCAAGCCACAUUCCUGCCUGAUCUGCAACAAACCGUUCGCCAGGAGGUCCCAGCUGCGUCAACAUUUGCUCAUCCACACGGGCAAGAGGCCGUUCGUCUGCGACAUUUGCGGCAAGGCGUUCACGCAGAAGCCUGGCCUGAUAUGUCACAGGAAGACUCACCCCGGACCUCAUCCUCCGUUGCCCGUGAUGCCGAUCGCCGAUAUCGUGAAAGAGUUCACCGAGGGUUACGUGCAGGAGAUAAACGCCCGCGAGAACGAAGAGAGGAUCGAGGAGGAAGCAGAACUUCCAGAUCGUGCCGAUCGUGAAAGAGGAGGCAGAAGUGGAAUCCUUCCGAAACAAUCAUCCCGGCCGACAGAUGUCGAAGAAGAAGAGCGUAGCCGGUCAGCUGGAGUGCGACCACUGUCGACGAAAGUUCCUAAAGAAGAGCAACUUGGCCGAGCAUUUGAAGAAGCACAGGCACAAGUGUCCCGACUGUCCGAAAAGCUUCAGGCUUCGUCGAUACCUGGCCUCGCACAUCGAGAAGAUCCAUCGGCGUCAGCUGUACGACUGCAGCGUUUGCGAGUACAAGAGCAACAACAAAGGCACCCUGAAGAACCACUACAUUCGCCUGCACACGACCAGCUACAACUUCGCCUGCGACACCUGCGGCAAACAGUUCAAGAUCAAGAAAGCGCUGAACCAUCACGUGAAGCAGAAUCACAGCGACGCGCCGCCGAUAGUGUGCGACGUUUGCGGCCACUUCAGCAAGAAUCUUCACGCGCUGAAGGCUCACAUGAAGUACAGGCACUACAAGCCGGAGUUCGUGUGCAGCAUCUGCAGGAGAGGGAUGACCACUCGGGAGAAUCUCGAGCAACAUCUCACCUGGCACGAGACCAGAGAGAAGGUGCUGUGCCCUACCUGCGGCAAGAGGUUCCGAGGCCGAGACUUGGACUCUCACAUGCGAGUGCACACAGGAGUGAAGCCAUUCCCCUGUCCCGUUUGCGGCAAGUCGUUCAGAAGGCAGACCGCUCAAGAGCAGCACGUCCUCAUACACACGGGCAAGAGGCCGUACGUUUGCGACAUUUGCGGCCAGGCUUUCGCGCAGAAGCCCGGCCUGAUUUGCCACAGGAAGCGUCAUCCAGGACCACUGCCGCCGUUGCCUGUCGUUUCCAUCAAGAGCAUCGUCACGGAUGUCAGAGAAGAGACGAGAAGAUUCACCGGAGAAAGACGAAGAAACAGACGGAACUGCCGUUGGAGUGUGACUUUUGUGGGAAACAGUUCGAGAGGAAGUCGUAUCUGGCGUCGCACAUGAAGCAGCACAGACACCGGUGCAAAAGCUGCAGCCAAACGUUCAGGCUGCGAAAAGACUUGAAGGAGCAUUCGGAGCAGGUCCAUGGCCCGGUGUUGUACCCGUGCACCAUCUGCGAGUACAAGAGCAACAACAGGUGGACGUUGAAGGACCAUUUCAUCCGGAAGCACACGAGCAGCUUCGACUACUCGUGCGCUGUCUGCGGCAAGCAGUUCAAGAUCAAGAACGACAUGGUGCAGCACGCGAAGCAGAUGCACAGCAACGCGCCGCCGAUCAUCUGCACCGUUUGCGGCCACGCGUGCAAGAGCGUGCCCUCGUUGAAGGCGCACAUGAAGUACAGGCACUACAAGCCCGCGUACGAGUGCAGCCUCUGCAAACGUUGCAUGACGACGCAGAACAACCUCGAGCAGCACCUGCUCUGGCACAAGAGGAAGGAGAAGGUCGUUUGCCCGACUUGCGGCAAGACCUUCGGCCAGAAGAGAGAUCUGGACCUCCAUUUGAGAAUCCACGAGGGCAUCAGGCCGUUCUCCUGCCCGGUUUGUGGCAAGAAGUUCCCGAGGAGGACCGCUCAGGAGCAACACAUCCUGAUACACACCGGUCAGAGGCCGUACACCUGUGAUAUCUGCGGACAGAAGUUCGCGCAGAAGCCGGGACUGAUCUGUCACAGGAAGCGGCAUCCCGGCCCUCUACCGCCGCUUCCUGUCAUCUCCAUCAGGAAGAUCAUCGCGGACUUCACUCAGGGAUUGAACGAUCCCGCCGUCGCGAAGAAUGACCUCCCGAGCGAUUCACGAGUGCGUGAAGUGCGGCGCCUGUUUCUGCCACACGAGGAAGCUGGUGGAACACCUGAAGAAUCUGCACGGCAUCGACAGAGCGUUCAGCUGCGACGAAUGCGGCAAGACGUUCCG